AAAAAAACUUUUAUUUUUCUAGAAAAUGUGAGAAAAUCAGAAAGACAAUAAGGAAAAAGAAAAAUACUUAAAUUUCCCGAGAAAACAAACAGAGCCAAGAAAAUCAUUUAAAGCAUGCAUACACUCACUCGCUUCUCGCCUCGCGUUUUUCGCUACCUUUUUUCUCCGAGAAAGCUGAGAAAACAGCUUAGUAUCCCAUAAAUUAGGCUGGACUUCCUUGAUUAGCGAUUUUCCAUUUGUAUCCCUCCCCAAGUCCGAUCUAAAGCUUAGGGCUUUUUAUCUUCUCAAAUUCUUACACUUUCUCAGUCUCUGUCUCUCUCCAGCUGUCUCACUUCCCCAAUACGCAUGCAAGCAUACAAGCACGAGUCUUUCAAUCAGCCAAUCGAUUCCUGACCAGAAAAUCUGAUUCAGAAGAGUUCAAAUUCAGGACCAAUCAAAGAUUCAUCCUUUUGAGAGAGAAACAAAAGCUAAUUUGGUAAUUUGAGCGGUGGUUUGGUGGUGGUGGUGAUGGGGAAGGUGGCGGUGGGGGCGGCGGUGGUGUGCGCGGCGGCGGUGUGUGCUGCGGCGGCGCUGGUUGUACGACACCGUAUGAAGUGCUCGGGGAGGUGGGCCCGGGCUAUGGCGAUACUGAGGGAGUUCGAGGAUAAGUGUGGGACCCCCAUUGGGAAGCUGAGACAGGUGGCUGACGCCAUGACUGUGGAAAUGCACGCUGGCCUCGCAUCCGAAGGCGGCAGCAAGCUCAAGAUGCUCAUCAGCUACGUCGAUAACCUCCCCACUGGGGAUGAGCAAGGGCUGUUUUAUGCAUUGGACCUUGGUGGGACAAACUUCCGUGUCAUACGUGUACAGCUUGGUGGGAAAGAAAAACGUGUUGUUAAACAAGAAUUUGACGAAGUUUCAAUUCCACCAAAUUUGAUGACUGGGACUUCAGAAGCAUUAUUUGAUUUUAUUGCUGAAGCACUUGCAAAAUUUGUUGCUACGGAAGGAGAAGGUUUUCAUCCUGCUCCUGGUAGACAAAGGGAGCUGGGUUUUACCUUUUCAUUUCCUGUGUGGCAAACAUCAAUCGCAUCAGGAACCCUUAUUAAGUGGACAAAAGGCUUCAAUAUUGAAGACGCGGUUGAGCAAGAUGUGGUGGGAGAGCUGACCAAAUCAGUGGAAAAAAUUGGCCUUGAUAUGCGUGUUACAGCUUUGGUCAAUGAUACAAUUGGUACAUUAGCAGGAGGUAGAUACCACAAUCAGGAUGUCAUUGCUGCUGUGAUAUUGGGCACUGGGACAAAUGCUGCUUAUGUAGAACGGGCUCAUGCCAUUCCAAAAUGGCAUGGUCUUCUACCUAAAUCAGGAGAGAUGGUUAUCAACAUGGAGUGGGGUAACUUUCGCUCAUCACACCUUCCACUGACAGAAUACGAUCAAGCACUUGAUGCUGAGAGUUUAAAUCCUGGGGAUCAGAUCUUUGAGAAGAUCAUUUCUGGCAUGUAUUUAGGGGACAUUGUGCGCAGAGUAUUGUGCAAGAUGGCUGAAGAAGCUUCCUUUUUUGGUGAUGUUGUCCCCCCAAAACUGAAAGUUCCUUUCAUACUAAGGACUCCUGACAUGUCUGCCAUGCAUCAUGACACUUCUCCGGAUCUGAGAGUGGUUGGGAGCAAACUAAAGGAUAUCCUGGAGAUCUCCAACACCUCGUUGAAAAUGAGAAAGGUUGUUGUGGCGCUAUGUGACAUAGUUGCCACUCGUGGGGCCCGCCUAUCUGCUGCUGGGAUCAUGGGAGUGCUGAAGAAGUUAGGUAGAGACACAGUAAAGGAGGGAGAGAAGCAAAAGUCGGUUGUAGCAUUGGAUGGUGGUUUGUAUGAGCACUACACCGAAUUCCGAACCAGCAUGGAGAGCACUCUCAAGGAGUUGCUGGGUGAUGAAGUUGCUGAGCACAUUUCCGUCGAGCACUCAAACGAUGGCUCCGGAAUUGGAGCUGCCCUCCUGGCAGCCUCUCACUCCCAGUACCUUGAGGUAGAGGAGUCAUAAAAGGGUCAAGACCAGGGUAGAGGAAUGAAGUGUGACACUCUCAAUUUUUGUAUAUUUCAUUUUCCCUAUCUUUUCACUAUUUGCUUCGGAUCAGUUGGAGCUGUUCUCAGCUCCUAUUUCGAGAGAUCUUGCAUCCCAUCCGUAAUUUAUGGCCCUUCAACGCUUGUAAUUGGCGAAUUCGGAUCAUAAUAGCCAGUUGGCUAAGCUUUCUUGCUGCAGCUUCUUGUUUUGCUCUACAGAUGUUUAGGCGUGUUAUCAGUGCAUAAGCUCAUUUCUCCUGGAUUACGUAAUAAAAUAGGGGGAUUUAAACUGUGAGUAGUUUACUUUUCACGGAAUAUUUUUUACUCUCUUUUUUCAAAUAAAACAGGAUUCUUAUGGGCUAUCA